CAUCUCCUCACUUCUCUUCCACCCGUCCUUCUGUCCUCGUUGUCCGACACUGCAUCUCUUGCUGGCACAACUGCAACAUAAUUCAAUCAAUUAUCAUACCACUCUCUGCAGCUCUACAGCAGCAUCUUGUACCAACGAAGCUUCUGCGGGACGAUCUUUGAAAGGCUCUCAGCUGAAGCUUGGACUGGUCAGUGACUGGUUUCUCUCUGCGGCGCGCCUCGAAGCAACGCCGGUUGCCAAGGAAAAACAACCGGCCAACAGCUCCACCAUCUUGCUACCAACUGAACCAACUGAACUGCACCUCGCCUGCUGCCGCAUCAAACAUCACAAUCGACCCAGUCAGUAUCUGUUGUCUUGCACUUCAGACCUCCUUCCACCUCCAAAACUCCUCCUCGAAGCCUUCUAGACGUCGACCACGGUCUUUCUGAGCAUCUUCCAUCUGGUCACCUUGCAUUUUGGCCUUUGCCUUUCCGUGUUCCACCAUACACGUCUGACCUUCGACCGCUCUGAAUUCCACCGUACCAAGAACGCGCCGCAACAAUACUCGUGUUGACUGCGUACUCCAGCAAGAACAGAAAGACGCGAGAGCCUCACGGUUAUACGGCUUCAGAUCUUCUCAAUCAACCUUGACGUCCUCGCAAUCUUGAGGUCAAUCUCCAGCAACCCGCGUCUGAGAAGCUCGUGCGUCAUUCCCCAAUCAGAUUGAAUUCCUUGCACAAGUCAAUGCUGACUGGGUCUCGAACACAGCUACUUGACCUCUUGUUCUUCUUCUCCUACCUAACUCGAACACUUCUUCGUCCUCUCGACACCUCAUCCGCCACAACGGCGUCUCAUAUUCAAGAUGCCUGUCUCUCGCACUCGACAGCGAGUAGUUAACAACGAAAACGAUGAGAACACCGCCAUUCAGUCCACACGUUUGACGCGUGCCAAAGCCGCUGGCCUUUCCAAUAAUGAGGAUACCUCGCUGGCAAAGAAACCUCUCCCGACCAAGAAGACCUCGACCACAGCAAAUGGUACCCAGAGAAGACGUGCGUUGGGAGACGUGACCAAUGCCGCCAAAGGUGUCGAGGUAGUCCAGGAAGGAAAGAAGGCAGUUGCCAGCAAGGCCGGGCUUCCAUCAAAGGUUGCACAACCCUCAGCUGGUGGUGUUCAGAAGCUGUCAAGAACAAACUCGUCAAGAGCUGCCUUGGGUGUCAAGGACAACAAUGUCAAGCCCAAGUCUGGGUCGGACGCAAAGAAGCCGGGCAGUGGUUCAGGUGUCAUGGGUGCCAAGAGACGGACACAGACAUCAACAUCAACUGUCCCUUCAUCCAAAGAUGCUACCCCAGAUGUUGAACAGCCACCACGGAAGAAGUCUUGCAUCGAGGAAGCCGUUGAAGAAGCUGCUCAGGGGGAAGAAACCUACGACAUUGUUGCCGACCUUGAUGCCGAAGACCUCGACGACCCAUCCAUGUGUGCCGAAUACGUACGCGAAAUCUUUGAAUACUACAGCGCUCUGGAAGAUGUCACGCAACCAAACCCUAACUACAUGGACCACCAAGACGAUCUCGAAUGGAAGAUGAGAGGCAUUCUCGUCGACUGGCUGAUCGAGGUGCACACUCGAUUUCGGUUGUUGCCUGAAACCUUGUUCCUGGCCGUCAACAUCGUCGAUAGGUUCCUGUCCCAGAAGGUUGUGCCCCUCGAUAAACUUCAACUGGUCGGCAUCACCGCAAUGUUCAUCGCCUCCAAGUACGAAGAAGUCCUGUCACCACACGUGGGCAACUUCGUCCAUGUCGCGGAUGAUGGCUUCACUGUCGAUGAAGUGCUCAGCGCCGAACGAUACACCCUGUCGACUCUCAAGUACGAUCUCAGCUAUCCCAACCCUAUGAACUUCCUGCGAAGAAUUUCCAAGGCAGACAACUACGACAUCCAAACCCGCACUCUUGGAAAGUACUUCAUGGAGCUCAGCCUUGUCGACCAUCGUUUCCUCGAGUACAAACAGAGCCAUAUCGCGGCGGCGGCUAUGUACCUCGCCCGCAUGAUACUUGAACGCGGUGCAUGGGACGCAACAUUGACCAAGUUCGCCGGCUAUUCUGAGGACGAGAUCCUGCCAGUCUUCGAUCUGAUGGUGGACUAUCUUCAGGCUCCUGUUGCCCACGAAGCAUUAUUCAAGAAAUAUGCCAGCAAAAAGUUCCUCAAGGCAUCAAUCAUGUCGCGAAAGUGGGCCAAGGACUAUGGUGCAAGCCAUAUGAACGGCGGUGUCUCGGUUGCCGAUGUCAAGCUCGUACAAUAGCUGCUGGCAUUACAACCCGACACAAGAUCACACUUACCUGCACGGACGACGGAGCACUUCUCCAGCUUCAUCUGAAAGCACGUAUGACAUGUCCGAUCACAUCAGCCUUUUUAGGAAAGGUCAUCCUUCAUGUCUGCACCAUUCUUUUCUCACGAUUGAAAAUGAUAUCCCACAUAGAAUAGCAUCAGCAUCGUUACCACCAUAUCGAUAACACCGGCAUCGACUCCCAAGACACAGAACACGCCAGGUUUACUUCGGAUAUUCCCCUGAAUCCGAUGAUCAGCUCAGAUACUGGUCCGGGCUGCGACCACCUUACGGGCAUGCAAAUUGCAACUGGUUUUUUUUAUUGCUAAAUAGCAACGGCGUUUGGAAAAAAGAGUGAGGACUGCGGCUUACCUCACAUUGCAAAUGGGAUGUUUAUGGUUAUGGCAAAAAACGGCGUCAUGACAAAUGGGCAUUGCUGGAAUCUGCCUGAGUACAUGGGCUUUGUUUGACUCCAACCCUUGAAGGUGCUCGGUGGCGGUGAAAGGGCCAGGCGCCAGGGCAAUGCAUAUGCUGCGGAAUGGAACAUGGAAGGGAUUGAGAUUGAGCUCAUUGGAUUCAGAGCAACGGUAUUAGUGCCUGCGCAUGGUUUCGGUGUGUUGCAUUCAUCAGUUAUCCUUCCAGCUGCGGAAACGUACGUUAGCUUUGCCGUUUUAUCAGCGAGUUUCUGCUACUGGGCGUUGUGUAAGCCUUCAUUCAUUGUUUGGGAAAUUGCUUCUUCUGCAUAGCCAAAUGGGUAGGCGAGACUCAUGUUUUCUGUAAGAAAUCGGUGCAAAUCCAGUGCAUAGGUAGCAUGUUCUAUCUACAUUAAUACCGUCUUUUGACUGUUGUGUGUGUAUGUUG